UGUUGGCGAGCGCGAGCCCGAGCCCGAGCCCGAGCCCGUGCGCGUGCUUAGGUUCUGAAGGCGAAUGCGGUAUAGAAAACAAGGAUCGGAGGAGAGACAAGGAGAUAGACAGAGCUAGCGAGACCCAAAGUCCCUUAACUUAAACCGACAAAUUACACACAAACCUGCACUGUAUGAGAACCAGACCCAUCUAAGGAGGCAGAGGAGAUUCUUUAGGAUGAGAUGAACAUCGCUUGGUGAAUGUCUGCAGGCUGUCUAUGAAUCUUGUACCUGGUGUUCGGAUUGUGGAGAAGCAUUUAGUGUUUUCCUCGAGCCACUGUGCGGAGGAUCGCUCUGUGAGCCAGAGUUUGUGUUGGAUUUCUCUCUGAUCUCCUGCGAGGGAGACAGCAGCCUCUAUAGAGCCUUGACUUGACAUCACAGCCACCAUGGUGCUGUCACAAAGACAACGAGAUGAACUAAAUCGAGCAAUAGCAGAUUAUCUCCGCUCAAACGGAUAUGAAGAAGCAUAUUCAGUUUUCAAGAAGGAGGCAGAGUUAGAUGUGAAUGAAGAAUUAGACAAGAAGUAUGCUGGCCUUUUGGAAAAGAAAUGGACUUCAGUUAUCAGAUUACAAAAGAAGGUGAUGGAACUAGAAUCAAAGCUAAAUGAAGCAAAAGAGGAGAUUACUUUAGGAGGACCUCUGGGUCAGAAGCGUGACCCCAAAGAAUGGAUCCCCCGUCCCCCAGAGAGAUACGCCCUGAGCGGCCACAGGAGUCCUGUCACCCGGGUCAUUUUCCACCCUGUUUUCAGUGUUAUGGUCUCUGCCUCCGAGGAUGCUACAAUAAAGGUGUGGGAUUAUGAGACUGGAGACUUCGAGCGCACACUGAAGGGGCACACAGACUCGGUACAGGACAUCUCCUUCGACCAGACCGGCAAGCUGCUGGCAUCCUGUUCUGCUGAUAUGACCAUUAAGCUAUGGGAUUUCCAAGGAUUCGAAUGCAUCAGAACCAUGCAUGGACAUGACCACAAUGUUUCAUCUGUAGCUAUAAUGCCUAAUGGAGAUCAUAUAGUGUCUGCCUCUAGGGAUAAAACCAUUAAAAUGUGGGAAGUGGCGACUGGGUACUGUGUGAAGACAUUCACAGGCCAUAGAGAGUGGGUGCGAAUGGUGCGACCCAACCAGGACGGCACACUGAUCGCCAGCAGCUCCAACGACCAGACAGUGCGAGUGUGGGUGGUGGCGACAAAAGAGUGCAAAGCCGAGCUGAGAGAACAUGAGCAUGUGGUCGAGUGCAUCUCCUGGGCCCCCGAGAGCUCCUAUCCCACCAUCCUUGAAGCUACAGGAUCAGAGACUAAGAAGAGUGGCAAGCCUGGACCGUUCCUGCUGUCAGGAUCCAGAGACAAGACUAUCAAGCUGUGGGAUGUCAGCAUUGGCAUGUGCCUUAUGACACUGGUUGGCCAUGAUAACUGGGUGCGUGGCAUCAUGGUGCAUCCUGGUGGGAAGUUCAUUGUGAGCUGCGCUGAUGACAAGACCUUGCGGAUCUGGGAUUACAAGAACAAGCGGUGCAUGAAGACUCUCAAUGCCCACGAACAUUUUGUUACCUCUCUGGAUUUCCACAAGACGGCUCCUUACGUUGUGACUGGAAGCGUAGAUCAAACAGUAAAAGUGUGGGAGUGCCGCUGAUUUGUAUCGACAGGAUCCCACCCCACCCCAUCCCAACCCACCCUCCUACUUCCUACUGCUCUGGAUGCACUCAGAUACCAUGGUUAUUACCCAUCGAGCUCUGUUUAAAUAACUAUUGUCCUUUUAUGUAAAUUAUUCUGGAUGUAGAUUGAGCUAUUAAAUGUUACACAAAAAAGUAUUCUUGCAUGGUGAAUCCAAAAUUGUAUACUGUAAAUUUACAUAACGUUGUCUAGAAGUACCAUAGGUUUAAGAACAUGGGCUGGUCGGAUCAGACCUGAAAGGCAGAAGUUGACUGGGUAAUUAAAAGUAGGGCACUAAACUGAUAUUUUUAAUGACAGUGUCGUUCUUGCGUGUCAGAUUAUUCUGUCUGUCUCCUAUUAUUAUUUUUUUUCACUGUCGUAGUCUGUUGGUGCCUAGAUCGGUGACCUCUUUGAGAAAAACAAAACUAUAAUCCCUCCGUGGAAAUUUGAUUGUCUGUGGGGCUCGUUAAUGGAAUAAUGUGUAGCUAUGUAACAUCACUUCUGAAGUGUGCUUACCAUUCUCUUGUGAAACUAGAUAAUAUAUUAAUGACUGCAUCUAAGAAUGUGUUUCAAACUGUUCCGUUGUAAGACUACGGGGAAUAAAACUUUGAACCCUUGUCAUGGCACAUGUCUUAAUUACAGAGUCAGGAGUUUAACCAUCUAGAAUUGCCACAAAGGUGGUGGCAGGGUGGAGUUUUUUCUUUGCUUGGAUACCUGCUGGCUCAUCAAGUUAGCAUGGAUUUAAAUAUCCUAAAAUUUAAUGUAAUUUACAACAAAAAAAAGCUUUAAAGUUAUCAAAAUGUAAGUGGCUAGGUGGUGCAUUAGGUAGAUUAGUUUGCCUUUUGCCUCUGAAACACUGAGUUUUUAAUCUGGCUGAAGACAGUAAUUUUGGUAGUCUUGGCUUAGUCCUGGACAGCAGUGUCCACGUCGUUAACCCAACAUGCAGUUUGGCAUAGCACAGUGCUAUAGCCAGUGACAAAUUACCUUUAGCACUACAUUUUUCUUUUUUCACAUGCCAAGUUAAACUAACGUUUUAAAUACACACUGGCUUUUGAAAAUGAAUUUAAAGAAAAAAGCACUUGAAAUUUAACUUGAAAGGUGCUAUUUAGAAAACCUGCACAGCACCCACCCAUUUUCUUCUCUUUCCACCUAGUUUAAUGUAGUCUGUUUUAAGCUGGUUCUGUAUAGUAAACCACAAAUCAUGUUGCUAUGUUGAAGGAAGACAAGUGAUCUUUAUUCAUGUUGGUAGACAAAGAUGUGCGACUGAGGGAAAGCAAGCAGACCAGGCUGUGUUCAGAAAUGCCUAGCCAGACAUACAGCAUGACAAGGAUUCAAGAAGCCCCUUUAACAGCUGUUUGUUAGGGGAUGUGCAAAGAUCUUUCCUUUGGAGAGAGAAAAAAAAAAGAUUUAUAUAAAAAAAAAGUGCACUUGUUCCUGAAGGAGAUACUGUACAACAAAUCUGUUAAGAGUAACAGAUUUUAACAGGAGUUUCUUUAAAAAAAAAAAAAAAUGUAAAAAAAAUAAAUAAAUAAAAGCUGAUUGAUCCAGUACUUUUUAUAUAGUACUGCACUAGGAUGUCUACAAACUAUUGGUGGAGAAGCAAGUCAUGGUAGCUCCUUUUGUUGUGGAAAUUUCAUGAAACACUUUGCGCACAGUGCUCUCAUGACUUGGCUGUUUCUGGCCACAGUAUCCGAGUGGAGCGCGGAAAGCCCUACGUUUUGGUGAAGUUUUCUGCACUUGAGCACCAGAGGCCCACUCAGACUCGGUUUUAUAACGAUCUUAACGACUGGCACUUUUUUUUUCUUCUUUUCAUUCAUUGGUCUUUACGGGGGUGGGGGGUGGGGUGCAAUUUUCAGAAAAACAAAACCUGACCCCCAACCAAACCUAGCGAAACAAUGGCAAACCAACCUUUCACCCCCUGUGAAUCUGUAACUGCGAAACAAGCAGCAAGGCUCUGAAAUCAGAUUAACUUGCACAUCCCUGUUCUUAUUAGAUCUCUGGUCUUCACUGACUGAAGAUUUAAAAAGUGAAAAAAAAAAUGCAUACGCAGAUAUCAUUUUAAUUAGCCUUUUCAUGAAAAUGCAAUUAUAUAAUAAAGAAUUCCACUGCUUAACCAACCCAUUAUCCAGCUUUUCCUGUUGUGUGUAUGUAACUCAUGCUGAACCCUAAUGGUAAAUAGGGUCAUGGGGUCAUUUUAAUGGCCAUGUUGUAGACAGGACCUUGGCUUACGGUCUCAUCUGAAGGACUGUCUAGCAGUGCCCCUUUAACACAAUGCUGGGACAUUGACUGAAUUUGAGCCCAGAUUGGUGUGUCCCUCACAGAGCCACCAAUGUGACCUCCUGCUAUAUAUUUAUUUUUGGGGUACUAGAAUGGAAUGAACAGUAUUGUCCAAGAUGUUUUAGGUCUGUCUAGCAGAAAAAAAUGAAGCAAACCACAGAGGCGGUGGUACUAGAAAAUUUCGGUUUAUCAACUUGUAUAAUUAUCCCAUUCCAGCACAGAACCCCUUUAUAUAGAAGAAACAUGGUAAGCCAAACGGGUAAACUAAUCACUGCUGAGAAAUGCAGUUUAGUCCCUUGGUCUACUGUAUUUGGCUAGUAAUGCGGUGGUCUCCACGGACCCUCAGUCUUUGAACUGCCAGUUUUUAAUUUGAAUACUUAUAUGUCUGUGAUGAUUGGUAAACAUUUUGGUUUAGACUCAUUAUUCUACUUGGGAGGGCCUAGCUCACAGAGUGGAAGUACAUACUCCUGGCCUGAAAAGUAAGAAAUUGAAGCGGUUUAGAAACAGAGUGAGGGACGUGCUCUCUGCUUGCCUGUGAAGUGAUUUCCCUUUGGAUUAGUUAGAUUUUAACAAGAUAUAUCUAUAGGGAUGCAGUAUUUUAUUCACAGGAUAUUAAUGGAAACAGUAGCCCCUAGGCUUCGGUUGUCAUUCCCCCUUUACAGGUUUCAUCCCUGCAGUGCACCUGGCUAUAGCCAGGCAGGUGGAAGAGAAAAGGACUUUGGUCUCUUGUGCGUAAUUCCUGUUCCUUUCCUGUCUGCGGAUAAACCUGGGGAUUCGGUUUUCUUCAUCCUGCACUGUUCACACACAGCAGAUUGUCAUAUUAUAUGGAUGUCAUUAUUGUUUGCAACAUAAUUAAACAUCUGUAAAUAAA